UUUUUUUUUGUGUGAUACAUAAAAUAUUUGGUAUCCCUUUCUUUUUUUUUUUCUUUUCUUUCCCUUUUUCUUCCUUAUAAACUUAUAAAAAUGAAAUACGGUCUUGAAUUACAGGAGAACAUCUUCCCACCAUGGCGAUUAUCGUACAUUUCAUAUGACAUUUUAAAGCAGGAGCUAAAAUCAAGACAGCUGGAUCAUGGGUGGACAAACCGCGAUGAGAGUGAUUUCGUACACUUGUUGGAUAACGAACUCGCUAAAGUAUACGAUUUCGUCAAUGCUAAACUAUCAGAGAUUGACGCACGAAUUCUUUAUUGUGAACGCACCAUCCAAACCUUACAAAAGAACCCCAAUAUGAACUCGGACGCCAAUUACAGCAUCAUGGAUGAAGCACUCACAGACAUCUUAUUCGAUGUCAACGAUCUCUCCAAAUUCACUCGUGUGAACUUCACAGCCAUCCAAAAGAUGCUCAAGAAGCAUGAUCGCUGGACCGGCCUCGACCUAAAGAAGACUUAUGUUACCAAAUUAAGAGAAAAGCCGUUGGAUAAACAAAGAUUUGACGUCGCCAUUGUUUACAUCUCUGCUCUUCAUGAUAUCUGCCGUAACAGAGGUAAACAAUCACCAGGCAAUAGUGCUUCUGGUGGCGAUCAGAACGCCUUUGAACGCGCAACAGCUAAAUAUUGGAUUCACCCUGAUAAUAUCACGGAAGUCAAGGCCAUCAUCAUGUUACAUUUACCCGUCUUGAUCUUUAACAAGGCUAAAAAAUUCGAAGCUUCGGAUUCCGCUGUCUCUAGUAUCUAUUUCGACAACCCUAAUUUCGAUUUGUACACCGGUCGUCUCCAGAGAGAUGAAAUGGCUGAGGCCAUCCGUUUUCGAUGGUAUGGACCAUAUUCUUCAAAAAGCGUUUUUAUCGAACGAAAAACACAUCAUGCAGUGUGGUUGGAUGGUGCCUCAGUCAAGGAUCGUUUCCGUAUCGGAGAUGACCGAGUAAAUCAGUUUGUAUCAGGCCAAUACACAGCAGAUCAGAUUGCACAGGAAUUGCGUAACAAGGGCGUAGAAGAGACUACAAUCAAGGAUACACAUUUCAUUGGUACAGGUGUACAGACAUCCCUGAAAGAAAAGAAACUGGAGCCUGUAAUUCGUGUCUUUUAUAACCGUACUGCAUUUCAGUUACCAGACAACCAACGUGUACGUAUUUCCCUCGACACUGAUUUAACUUUUAUCCGUGAAGAUCACUUGGACGGUGUGCCUCGUCGUCUAAAUAACAACUGGCGUCGUCAAGAUGUGGGUAUCGAUAGUCCCUUUCCACACCUCCAAGAUCACGAGAUCUUGCGCUUUCCUUAUGCCGUCUUGGAGACCAAGUUGCAGACUCAUUUAGGUCAGGAACCUCCUGCCUGGUUAAAUUCCCUGAUUGAAGGUCAUUUGGUCCAUGAAGUCCCUCGAUUCUCCAAAUACCUUCAUGGUGCUUGCCAUUUUUACAAGGACCGCUUAGCUCUUUUACCUUGGUGGCUUUCCGAAAUGAAUGUCGAUAUCCGAAAGCCCCGAGCUGAAAAUAUUGGACUGACUCGUUCUCGCAGCUUUAAACCCUUAAUCGAUGGCCGUUAUCGUCGUGCCAUGAUUGAAGAAAAGGAACGCAUUAAUAAAGAAGCCGUCAUCAAUAACAAAGAUGUAUCUCCUCCUGGUUUUUCCAAACAAGGUGCACAAGAACUAAACAGAAGAAGAUCCAUUACAGAUGAAAAGGGCGCUUGGAAACCCACCAAACGUGAAGAAUUUUCUCUUGUCGACUUGAAUACUUCCACUCCCAAAAUACCUCCACCUCUCGCUCAAAACCAUUUACCGCGUGAUCGAUUCCCCACCAAUAAUCAGAGCACCAACAAAUUUAUCAGUAGUAGUAGUGAUCUAUACCAUGAAGAUAAGGGUCAAUUACAGCCGCCUUCUACAAAGUUCUAUCAGGCGGGAGAUAGCAUCAAUGGAAGUAAAGGUCGUUUAGUGCCUUCCAAUGACAUUGUAUUCAAAAAACAACUAGGUUCACCUGUCGACAUUCUCGAAUUAGAAGAUCUCGAAAAGGGCAAAGGCGGUGGCGCUGCUGGUGGGGGUCGUUUGAAGGUUAAAGUUAGGGUUGAACCUAAAACCUUCUUUGCUAACGAACGUACUUUUAUUGCUUGGCUUCAAUUCUGUGCUCUCUUACUCACAGUCGCUUUAAAUCUGUUGAAUUUUGGUGAUAGUAUCUCUCGUAUCAUUGGUGGUGUCUUUAUCGGUUUAGCUGCCGGUAUUGCCAUUUAUGCAUUAUACAGAUUCGAGAAGCGUGCUUGGAUGAUUAAUCGUCAAGAUCAAGGUCGUUAUGACGAUAUUUGGGGUCCUGCUGUACUUUGUGUCUUGCUUGUUGCAGCGCUCAUUGUCAAUUUCUAUUUACGUUUCUCAUCCACAUCUACUCCUGCUGCAGGCGCAAACGGUCAACCCACUGCAGCAUAAAAACCUUUUUUCCUACACUAAUAUCUAUUUAUUUUUACCCUUUUUUUUUAAACAUUUAUUUUCUUUCUUUUAAUAAUAGUAUAUCUCCAUCCCUCCAACACCCCCUUCCCACUACUCCCCUUUCGCAUUUUUCUUUUUUUUUCCACGCUAUUAAAUGAAAACCUUGUAACACUGUCAAAUAUAAAUAAAAUCUACCUAUUUUUUCUUUCUUUCUUUUUCUCUCUCUUCUCUGCCAU